UUCAGUGCUGGAUUGUUCUGCUUCAAAUGUCCCUUUUGUAACAAUCAGGACACAUUCCCUGAUGAAAUGAAGAGGAUGGGGAUCAAUAUUCCUAGGAGAAAGCCAUCAUGGGAGACUGAGCCAAAUGCCUUCAGUGACUUGUGUCUCCAGGAGCCCAGCUGCAAUGUGGAGAUUUGCCAGUGCCCAGAUGGAAGAGAUCAUUUCAGGGUCAGAAGCAAAUGGGCUUUGGUCCUGUGUGAAGAAUGUGGAGUAAAAGGAACCCACCGUCUCUGUUCAUCAUUAAAUGAGGAAUCCCCGUGGCUUUGCCAGGAAUGCAUGGAAACUCUCUGCAGGCAAAUUGAGGCUGCCACCCCAAGUGACCAGGUGGACGUGGGAAUGGCCUCCACCAGCGAAGCCUGCAGGCAUGCACUGAAGAGGACAUUGCCUCCAGAGUGAAACAGGAAAAGUAGCAACAACAAUGCCAGGGCUGCCACAAGGAGACUGGGACCCUAGGAGGCUCCAGAGAUUUCCACAAAACUGGCUGGUCCCUUCAUCUCAGAUGGAUUUAGACAUGACAUUUGCUGAGGAAUCCUCCAAGCAUGUAGUGAUGUGGGCUUUGUUGCUAAAAGGAAGGUUGGGAUGUGGCUUCAGUUAUGAGGGAAGAAUGAAAGCUCCCUUGUCACAAUAAAAGACAACUGGUCACACUAUACUUCCCCACUUCCAGAAGAAGAGACUGUUCAAUGGGCACUCACAAACCAAAGGUCUUCCACGCUACAUUGAGAGCCCAGUAUUACAGCCAGGACUUUUGAUACUAUGACUAUUAUUCUCACAAUCUUUCCUGUAGAACAUUUUCUAAUACAAUAUCAUAAAUGAAGCUGGACUUUAGCAGGUCACACCUUGAGAAAUACAUUAGCUUUGUGUCAUUGCUUGCUCACUUUGGGUAAGCCUGGCAGUGGGCCAGCCAAGUCAAAUUGAUGCUCGAACCUGGGAGAACCCAAGGGUGUGCCUGUCCUCAAC